AUGGCGACAAUCGACCACCUAGGGUUCCCGCACAUCGUCGACCUCAUCUUUGCAUUCGCGCCUCCAGAAUCUCUAGCGGCGCUGGGCACCGCAUGUCGAGACUGGCGCCGCAGGGCAUGUGCGGAGCUCCACCACCUGCGUGACUUCUCCACCUGGCGAAAGCAGACCAGCUCCGGUAUCUCAACGCAGACUUACAGCUUCCAGACACUGUCCGACACGUGGGCUCAGACUUCUGACCCGCUUUUUCUCAAGUUCAGUCGCAUCCUCGACCUUGCUGCGGGCGUGCUGGGCGAAAAGGUAGAUCCCGACAUCAUGGUACACACCAUGCGCCUACCUCGGCUUCGCCCUCCGGUACUCAUCGCGCCGAAGAUCCCACCGCUUGCUGGGUACGGUUGCUCCCGCCUCGUAUUCGACAACCACUUCGCUCUGAGCAUUGCACGUCGCAUCGAUAAACUCGUUGUCAACUAUCGCGGCUCGUUCCCCUACCUCGCGGCACCGGGGGCGGACUGCCGCCUCCCCGGCUUCGAAGUCGGGGAGUUGGUGUUCAUCUUUCAUGCAUGGGAUGAGCCAGGAUGGCAGCGAAAGACGGCGGAAGAGUAUCGUGAGCGACCUGGGUGA